UCUUGCGCUUGGGCAGUGAUGUUGAUGCAAGUCGGGGGCGAGGGCGAUCGGCCGACAUUCUUUGAGAUGGUGGCCGCGCAGCAGCUCCCGGAGAGCUUGAGAGCGGCGCUAAUGUAUUCAUUGGGGGUGAUUGCACAGAGAAGGCCCAUUGUGCACAGGGUUUUGGAUUAUAGCGACGAGUUCUUCGCAUUUCUAAUGCUAAUUCUCGAGGCGCACAACGUCCGGACAGCGGAUGCUUCUUUCGCGGAAGCUCUUUAUGGCUUACGGAGACAGCCAGUGGAGAUUGUAACCGAUGUGACACAGAAAAAAUCGUCGCUUCCUUCUAGAGCCGGUCUGACUAGAGCUCAAAAAAGCCUCUCGAUAUUUUUCCUGGUUGGAUUGCCUUACAUCAAGGCAAAGUUGCAAGGAGCAUACACGGCUCAAAGAGGCAGCGCUUUGCAAACGGCGUUAUGGGGAAGUAGCAGUGCUCCAGUGGAAGAAGUUGUUCCACAUAACAAUAGAAGCAUCUUCCAACGCUGGAAACUUAAUCUGGUUGCUUUUCUCACGUACUCCUUUCCUUGGAUUCACGCCACUCACGAAGGACUAUCGUUCGCAUAUCAAUUGCUGUAUUUACUCGAGGCAACGCGGUUCUAUUCUCCAGCCUUGUACUUGACCGGAGUCUAUGUCCGCCGUGCAUCCGGACAGGAGCUGCUAGAUGGAACUAAACAUAUCCAGGAAAGAAGAAAUCACGACUAUGAACGGAUUCGAGGCCCGGCUUCUUUGAAGGCUGUUCAAAGAGGCCUCUUGAAGUCACUUUACACUUUUCUGGACUAUGCUCAAACAGGCCUUAUUGCCGGAGUAUUUCUCUUUAAGAUGAUGGAAUGGUGGUAUCAAUCUGCCGAGGAACGAGUCAUGGCCCCUACGAUAUAUCCCCCGCCUCCACCACCACCGCCACCAAAGGUGGCACCAAACGGUAUCCCUCUACCGGAAAGCGUUAGAACUUGUCCACUUUGCCUGCAAAGGCGAACAAAUCCCGCCAUGGCCGCUGUAUCUGGAUACGUUUUUUGUUAUCCUUGCAUAUACAAGUACAUAUCCCAGUAUAAGCGUUGCCCAGUCACUCUGAUCCCAGCUGAUAUCGAGCACAUCCGCCGGUUGUAUAAGGAUGCAUAAACUAACAGAUUUGAGAGGUACAAAGUGAUAUCUUACAUAUAUAAAGCAAAUUUUCUGCUUUGCAGCGACCAGUAAUUUGCUGCAAAAAAUGAAGACUAGCAAGGCUACACAAGAGAUUUUUUA